GUUAUUGGACCACUUCAGAGUAACUGUAGUAUUUUCUUCCAAAAGCAGGGCAGUACACGAGCAAUUGGGUGCCCGCGGAAUCCCACCCCCACCACGGAGAGCCCCAGGCAAUCGGGGCCACAAGCAGCUCGUGCAUCGGGGAAGGACGGCGUAGCCGCCUCUUCCGCCAAUAAACGACGCUGGGUCCCACCUUCGACGCUCCGGCUCCGCGAUGCGGCAGCCACGCCUGAGUCUCGUAAUGACCAGGUAUUCCGUAAGAUCCGGGGCAUUCUUAACAAACUUACACCUGAAAAGUUCCAGAAGUUGAGCGACGACUUGCUGCGCGUUGAGCUGCAGUCGCCGGUCAUCUUAAAGGGCGUUAUUAUUCUUAUAUUUGACAAGGCCCUAGAUGAGCCCAAAUACUCGUCGAUGUACGCUCAGCUGUGCAAGCGGCUGAGCGAAGAAGCGCCCAAUUUUGAAAAAGGUGACGGCACAACAAAUACUUUCCGUAUUCUUCUUCUUAAUAAGUGCAAGGUAGAGUUUGAUAAUCGUGCAGCUGCCUUAGAACGCAAUAUCAAUGGAUUUAGUGAAGAUGGCACCUUACUCGAUCGCGACGAGAGGGAGGAGAGGCGUCAAACUGCCAAACGUAAAAUGUUGGGCAACAUUAAAUUUAUUGGAGAGCUUGGCAAGCUUGAAAUUCUAUCAGAAAACAUAUUGCAUAAGUGUAUUAAAGAAUUAUUGGUUCGUAGAGGAGAUGAUCCUUCAGAAGAUCUUGAGUGUUUAUGUCAAAUUAUGCGCACAUGUGGCCGCAUUCUGGACACGGACAAGGGUCGGUAUCUCAUGGACCAGUAUUUUGACAGAAUGCGUACACUGGCCAAUAAUAUGGACCUGCAGCCCCGGAUAAGGUUUAUGUUGAAAGAUAUAAUUGACUUGAGGACUGAUGAAUGGAUGCCCAGAAAAGCUACUGUUGUAGAGGGGCCUGUUCCUAUUGCACAGAUAAGACCUGCAGAUGAUGAUCGACCAGGUUUCAGAAGAGAUCGCAAUCAACAUGACAGGGACUCUGAAAGGAACCAGACUGAUUCUUUAUUCCGACAUCCGCUGAAAACUCGCGGUGGUAUUGACGAUAUGCUGGCAGGAUUGAGUCUAACAGCCUCGCCAGCUCCUUUGAUUCCCGUGGGACCUCCUUUUGGAGGUCCCAACGGCUUUGGGGGCAGAGAUGGAAGAGACGGUCCCUUCAGAGGGGAUAGAAGGGGAGGUCAAGGUUUCAAUAGCGGAAACUACGAAGGUAGCAGAAGAGGACAUUAUAAACACAACCAGAAUAAUUCAGGGUCCAAUUUCAAUAAUCAAUCGAACAAAGAUAUGGCUCCUCGUUUUAAACGUAAUAAUCUUAUAGUGGCCAAAGAGGAGCUCCAGGAAGUCGAACUUCGUCCAAACUCAAUGUUAUUUAACAAAGCGUCGGUACGCAAUCAUAACGCUGCUAAUAUGGGCUCGCAACCGUCUCGAAAUACACAAUCAGAACUGCCCUCGUUUGGAGGAGGUAAACAGCCUCCUAGUGCUGUUAAGGAACCACUACCUAUGAAACCACUUACUCAGGACAAACCUAAGUCUAAGAAAGACAAGGGUCCGAGUAAAGAGGAGGUGGUUAAGAAAUUCAAUACUUUAUUAGAUGAAUUUUGGAAAGGGGAUAUCGAUCUAAAACAGGCUAUUAAUGCCUACAAAGAACAUAAGGUUCCAGAGAAGUUUGCUAAAGAAGUCAUUUUAUCUGGCUUAUCAUUAGCUCUUGACAAGUCAGAUGUUGAACAGGAGAAGUUAAUCAAAUUACUUGGAAAUCUUAAGGAAGAUUGUAUAGUGUCUGGAAAUGCUGUUCAAGAGGCUUUUAAGUCAAUGUGUCACGUGUUAGAUCAAAGAGACAAUGACGGUGAAGAAAAAGAAAAGGUUAUCACUGCUGCAUCAGUUUUGUUGGCCGCUGCUGUUUGCGAGCAUUUAACGCCCCUAUCUGAUGUAGCUACUUUAACAGAUAAUGGUGCACAUCACCCGUUGUUCUUGUUGGUACUGCAGAGAGUUAAAAAGAAGAGAGGAAAGUCAGAACUAAGUGAAAUGUUUAACAAAAGCAAGGUAAAUUUGAUGGCACAAUUACCUGAACCAGACCGAACAAAAGAGAGGCUUUCCGAAAUAUUAGAGGAGCGGGAACUUGUAUUCCUUUACCCGUUAUUGCGUAUACAAGCAGACUUGGCAAAACAACUAUCUACUGAUCCUAAUCCACAAGCGUUUUACAAGUGGAUAAAGGAAAAUCUGGAAACUUCUAAUUUUAAUGAUCCAGGCUUUAUCAAUGCCCUUGUGACUGUUCUAAUUAAGUAUAUUACACAAGAAGCUUUGUCAGCAGGGGAUGAAAAGGCUAUGGUGGAAAAAGAAAAUGCCCUUUUGAAACGUUACCAGCCAAUACUCCACGCCUUUCUACAUGAUAAAUCAUCUCUUCAACUAGUCGCAGUGUAUUCGCUCCAAAUGCACUUUUUUGCUUUGGGUUUUCCUCGCGGUCAGUUACUGAGAUGGUUUAUGGAUUUAUAUGAGUUGGAAAUAGUAGAAGAGGAAGCUUUUCUUAAUUGGAAAGAAGAUGUAACUGAUGCUUAUCCUGGGAAAGGAAAUGCUUUAUUCCAGGUUAAUCAGUGGCUUACUUGGCUUCAACAAGCUGAAUCAGAAGAUGAAGAAGAGGAUGAUUGAAUAUACUCUUUCUCAGACUCUUUGUUCAUCUACAAACAAAGAAAAUCACGCUCUUAGCGAAACAAUUACUAUUUAAGUAAUAAGUAAACAACCUAUAAUUCCCAAACGGAAUAUUAAUGCUGGAAGUACACAGUCGCCGAGGCGACCCGAGACGUGACAAAAAAGGACGGUCCUAACCAAUAACAAUGUACAAAUCGUUAAUUUUUUGUGGCGUCUCGGGUCGCCUCGCCGAGUGUAUACUUGCACCAUAACAGUUAGAUAAUUUUUUUAUACACCAAUUAAAAAAAACAUUUUAAAAUAUGAGGUACUGAUCCGCAUAGGACGUUUAUUAUAAAUUAACUUUGAACAAGUGAUACAAAGGCAAAGAGUGUUAAUAUUUACCUCAUAUCUUAAAAUUAAAAAAAAAUAUGAAAAAUAAAAAAAUACAUAAAAUAAGUAUAAUUUAAUGUUACGUGAUUAUCUUUAUAUAAAUAAUUGAAAGUCUGUAUUGUUUUAAGUAGUAAACUAAAUAGUUUUUUUAAAGCAGAAUUAUAAAGUUUUGAUUUGAUUUUAGUUUUAACUGUCGGAGGUCCUUAAUUCAUAAUGAUAAUAAAUAUACAUAUAUAAAGAAAAAAAAACUUUAGAUUUCAUGUAUUAUUUUGGUAGAAUUUUUGAAGAUUUUUGUUCCUACUUUAAAUAAAAAAUAGGCAAAUCGUAGCUAUACUUAGUCGAGACUUUGAAAGUGAAGUAAUACUGAUGUGUUCUUUUGAUAUAGGAUAUGUGUCAUAUACAUACAUAUAUUGAUAUAGAAAGCCUUACUUUUUGUUGAUAUUUGGUUUGACUGUAGAUUAGAUAUGCAUAUAAUGAUAAAUGUUUUUAUUUCUUUUAAAUGUCAACAAUAAUGCUAUUCUGUUCUGAUUUAUAUGUGUGGAUGUGAAUAAGAAUAUUUUGGAAUUAAUUGUAGUGGAAAAUUUCUACAUCAUCGCACCUCACUUUAAUUAACUGCAAAAACAACUGGUAGUAUUUAAACAUUUUAUGACUAAGUGGUUUAAAGUGGUGUAGAAAUAUUUUUCACAAACUAAUUAAGAUUUUGAAACUUCCAAUAAACUUUUGACAAUUUUACAACUCUUAAUAGAGAAAUUACCCAAAAUUAAUUGAAUAUUGACCUAGCAUAAGUACCUAUAUUUUCAUUUAUUUUCUUAUCAGUGAUACUGAGCUGUCCAAGACAUCCAUCUGCGUUUAUUAUUUUAAUAUGAGUAUCGAUUUUAUGUCCUCAUAUUUCAUAUUUAGUUUUGUUCAACCCCAGAAUAUGUCAAUUUAUGUGUCAACAAAUAAUUAAUUUUAAUUGUAGGUCGUUUGUAUGAAUUGUUAAUUCCAAUCGCUAAAAAUAAGAGGUUUUCAAAGGCUGAAAUUAAUGUGUAUGUUAAUUAAUAAUAAAGACAUUUUUAAUUAGCAAAAAUUAAAAUUUUGAUAGACGUAUUUUGUACCUCAACUUACUGUAUAGGUAUAGAUGAUACAAUACACAACGUCUAAUUUCCCGUGUUGACUAGCGAGGAUAGUAAUAGCUUCAAGAAAAAUUUUCAUCUAAUUCAAAGAUCUUUAUUUUAUUGAUAAAAUAAUAUUAAUACAAAUAAGUAUUCUCAAAUAUCAAAUAAGAAAUAGAAUAGUUAUUGUAUAACCGUUGGUUAAGUUAAGUCAACUGGCAACAUAUUAUUUUGUGAUUGGGAAUAAAAUUGUGUUAUUUUUAUUUUUUUUUUCAAAAAUUAAAACCGCUAAGGCCCUAGAUGGUUUUGUUCACUGCACGGACUAUUAGUUAAGGUUUACAUGCUACCAUAUGCGUCAUCCGUCGUUGAUCUUAUGCAAUAUUACUGAUCUAUUUAAAAAUGACUUCAAUAUAAUCGGGGUGAUGGAAUUACAGACGACGCAUUACUGAUGCAUAUAAAUUCACCUUUAGUUCUAAUUGGUCAUACGUUACAUUAGGGUUGCCAACUUUCAAAAUAAAAAAUAGAGGACGUGAGGGUAAAAAAGAGGCACCAGCGAAACAUUUUUUGAAACCUCGCCUAAAUGUCUAAAAUUUACCAAAAAGUUAUGUAAAAGGUAUGCGAUUGAUGGUCUUUUUAACUUUAUUAAAAACAUUUAUAUUCAAAACUUGCUCAAAUUAAACAAAGUAACUUCAACAAAAAAAAUUCAAAACAAACAUGUUUAUCGCUUCCACAAAUACUUCUAUACAUACAUAAUUAUUUCUUCAUUUUCUUUUCUCUACAAACGAGUGGGACUAGCAAAAGACACAGAUUAACAGUUUUUUAAAGCAUUAUGGCGAUAGACGAAUAUUUUUUAGAUUCUGAGUUUGGUAUGUAGACAGGGAGGACUUUUUCAAAGUGCGAGAGAAAAGAGGACAGUGAGAUCAACAAGAGGACUGUUCUCUGGAUUAGAGGUCGGUUGGCGACCUUACCGUUACAUGGCCGCAUUCUUUGUUCCCCGCGAACGUGGAAUAGCGACGCUCGAUAGAUAAGUUGGUUCUUGUGCACAUAUAAUUAGUACACUUGCAGCUCCCGAUUAGAACUGUCGGUGUGGGAUAUUGUACGUGUUGACACCAUAUGCUCGAUUAGAAAUGACGGUGUACCGGCGGUUCUUAUUUUUUGUAAUAUUACUGACUUUUUCCACGAUUCACUUCAUAGUUCGUUAAUUAAUUAUUAUUCAUAAACAAACGCACAAUGAAUACCAAACAUAUACAACCAAAAAUAAACCAAAUACGAAAAAAUAGCAUAUGACGCGAUGCAGCUGAUAACUGUUUUUUUUUCUUUAAGUUGGUCAUUCUGUCUGCAACAAAAAUAUUUCAAUAAAAAUUGCUGAUGUAAGGUUUGGUUUGGACUGUAAGUUAAUUGCGGCAACUUUUCUUGCAUGCAAGUAAAAUUGCGAACUGUAAAGCGCUUUCAACAAAAUAAUUAAUCUACAAAUAUAAAUAUUUUAUGUACAGUUUAACUUUAGGUUUUUGAGAGAAAUGACACUUUUACGCCCUUUUUAUAUAUAACUAUAACACCGACUAUAACUUACACCGCGCCAAAUCGCUAUUCCAAAUUCGCCUAUUCUAUAUGUAAAAUUCAUAUAAAUUAUAUGGCGAAUGUCAUCGAUCAUACGAUGAAAAAAAUCGACGUUGCGGUUGCCUUUCAAGUGGCGAUCGAUGAUAAUUUUUCAUUUGUUAUAAAUUCGCAUAGAAGCUUGUCAAAAAUUAAAUUAUAUAUUUAGUACGUUUCCAGACAGACAUCUGUUUUCAAAAGAUUAUGUUUAUUGCACGUUUGAAUUACACAUUCUAAUUUUUUUAUUUUCAUUCUAGCUUGUAAUAAGUGUUUACGUCAAUUUUUAAUAAAUGUCAUUCGGUUUCAAUCCGCACAAAAUUAUCAUUGAUCGGCAUGUAUACGCCAGCCGUGAUGCUGAUUAUUUUCGGUAAUCUGGUAUACUCUGUCCAACGAGAAGACUCCUGACAGUAACAGUUAGGUUUAUCAAUUUAGUUCACAGCUAAACUGUAUUUUCGCUGAUAUUUUUUGGAUAUCGUUUGUCGAAAAAUUUCCUGAUUCUUUGGACAGACUGUAUGCCUCUUUCAUGCGUUUAAGCGUCCCAUUUCUAUAAUUCUGAGCUGGUCACUGCUAAUUUAAAUUCUUAAAUUGAACGAAUAUUACUCAUAUAUAAAUGAAUAACUUAGAAUCUCUGCGAAAGAAUUAUAAUAAAUAUUUAUUGUAAAUCCCUACAAAAAAUAUACUAUACUUGCAUGUUAAAUAUAUACUGGCUUUUUCAUAGUGACUAGAAAAAAAUGCAUAAUGAUUUUUUCAUGAUUUAAAUUUCAUCGACAUCGUUUGUAAUACAUAUUCAUAAAUUAGUUUGUACAUACAUAAUAUACAGAAAUACCUUGUUUAUGUUGUAAGAACAAUACUAAUUUUAUAAUUCCAAUUUAUUCUUAUAAUUGCUUUUUCUUUGUUUAAUUAUAAAUACCCAGAGUUAUUAACUACUUUAUGUCAAAUUAUAUAUUUUUAAUAGUAUUUUUCAUUGUAAUAGAAUUUUAAUUUAUCUGUAACUAAAUAAAUUUGCAACAAAACAA